AUGCGCGGUGUAACUUCCAACACCAAGUUCCUGGACAUUCAGUUUCUGACAGAAGAAGAUGUCGAUGAAACGAUUGUGCUGAAGGUCGACAGCAAGAGGCUAGCAAACAUCCGGUCGGGGCUGGAGACCACGUACACAUCCCUUCCCAAAACGGAUGGCCACUUGGCACAACAAACGCUGCGCUACGUCUUGCACCGCUACUUUUUGAACCAACACGGAUGGUUAAUCAAGGGCCUUGAGCCGCAGAACACGUCGUGGACACAUCAGACCCAGCGGAUCCAGAAGGACUGGUCGAGUUGGCUCCCGUCCUACCUCCAAAAGCACUUCGAGGCGCAGAUGCAGCGGGGCACGGAACUCUCGGCUCUUGCAGAGAUGGUGGCCAUCAUAGAGGACUUGGUGCACAAGGAGGCGGAGCGCCAACUGCAGGAAAUCUACGAAGCGAUGGGAAAGAGUGCGGAGACCGUACUUGAUCGCUCGGCCGCCCUCGAGGUGAUCGACAUGUACGCCCUGGUGUUUCUCGUUGCUCGGAACAUCUCUGUGGCAGACCCGGUGAAGAAUCGCAAAAGGUUGUUGGGCUUCCGGAAGAAGUACCACGGCUUUGAAGAGAUGCAUAGGUGGUUGGAGGGCUUGGUGGAGGAGCACUUGGCGAACAGUGAUAGCGAUUCCGGUGUGGAUAUCGGACGCCUCAAAGAGGUGGUGUGGGAGGUUGGCGACCGAUACCCAGAGUUCAACGACCAGGAAUGUCAGCAACUCAAGCGGACUUUGAUGGACAUGGAGGGGGGAAGCCGCAAAGCUGGGCGGAUUCCCCUUGCGGACUUCUACAACAAGUCCAACCACAACCAUUGGAGGUUCACUGAGAGCCCGGAGUAUCUCCGAGACCUUGGAGCCCUGGACGAGACGGACCCUCAACGGCCGCAUGUGUUGCUGGCAAACUACCUGAGCAGCUUCAACAAUUGCCUUCGAGCCACGAGCCUCUAUGCAGUCUGCUGCCGCAACCCCUGUGAGGGGUUGAUGGCGUCUCUCGAAAGAGAGGUCGGUGCACCCUAUGCGACCCCGGACCAGCUCGCUGCGUUGGUGGCGAACCUGUCCACUGACACUAUGGCCAAGCGCUCGAGCCCCGAGAAGUUUGAGGCAAAGCUCCUGGAGCGCUUGCGCUCCAUCGGAAACGACGAGGGCCAGGUGCCACUGCACGGACGUCUCUUUGCUCAGUGGAUGCACCAUGCCUUUCCCCGUGAGUGCCCAUAUCCGCAUGCUGCUGGCACGACGAAUCCGCAGACGCCCGACGAAUGGAUGAAGGCAAUGGGCAAAAGCACUGCCAUAUCUGAGGAGCAGAAGCAGGAGAUUGUUGCGGCCUACUGCCCUUCGGAUCCGGAAGCUCACAAGGCAUCGAAGGAGUGCCACGCCGAGACGGCGGAGCUUCCUUGGAGUGAUCGGGAGGAGCUGCUGGCAGUCCACGCCAGCGCUGCGGCGACCGUGCACGGGGAGACGAAGACGAAGGAAGCUGACUGCUUCGGCUGGUUUUGUUUGGCGCGACGCCUCGUUCCAGGCUUGGCGAUCCUACUCUGGCACCGCAAACUAGCAAAGCUGCGACAUGGCCUUCUCCUCGGCUUCUUGUCCUGGAUCGGCAUUGCUUUGGAGCUGGUCGACUUCCGUGUUGUGGUGGCAUCGGGCCUUCUGUACCUGCUCUGGCAGAAGGCCACCAGUUCCCUUGUGGACAAGAUAGAGACGAAGACUGAGAAGUGCGAGGUGUAG